UUCGAUCAUAUGUGGAAACCGCGUAGAAAAUGGGGGUUUUUAUCCACUACUUGUAUGGCUCAUCUCACCGUCUUACCAUUCUAUCUCUUAGCUACUGGUCUUCACAUUCCCUAAUUCUGAUAUUUUUGCCCCUCCUGCUUUGUUUCCGUUCCCAUAUAUCUCUUAGCUCGCUGUCUUGCCAAUCUCUUCUAUUCUUUCUACCCACCACUGCUGCUUUGUUUCAGUCCCUCUUCAAUUUAAUCACAUGGCAAGUGCAAACCCUUUUGCAGUACUUAUGUCGCCGUCUGCAUCUGCAACGCCUUCAACUCACAGUCCAUUAGGAAAAUGGAAGAGAACUUUGUGUUAUGUAGGGUGUUUGAUAUUACUUCUGUCUCUAAGUUCUCAGUCUUACCAUUUUCUUCUAUUUUUUGUACCCCUGCUUUGGUUUCAGUUCACCUUCAAUUUAAUCUCAUGGCGAAAUCUGCCACCGUCUUCAAAAAAAACCCGCUACGAUGUAUUCAUAAACCAUCGUGGCCCUGACACAAAGCAAACCCUAGCCGCCUCAAUCUACCGUGCCCUCAAACUCAUGGGAGUUAGUGUUUUCUUGGAUGAACCAGAGCUCGAUCUUGGUGAUUCAAUACCCUCUGAGAUACAACAUGCCAUCGCUACUUCUUUCCUUCAUAUUGCUAUCCUUUCACCCACAUAUGCAGAAUCCACUUGGUGUCUGGAAGAGCUGUCUCUCAUGCUCAAAAGUGGCCACACAAUCAUUCCCCUGUUCUACAAUGUUGAUGUGAAAGAUAUCCGUUGGAUAAAAGGAAGCUACGCUACAGCAUUUUCAAAGCAUGAAGCCAAGAAGAGAUAUCGUCCAGGAAAGGUUGAGGAUUGGAAGUCGGCGCUGCAUAAGGUUUCACAUCUUAAAGGCCACAUUUUCAAUAGUCGGGGGUAAGUACCGAACUCUGUUUUUCCUUUUAUCAAAUGUUAUGUCAUAUCUCAGAAUAUGGUAUAGUAGUUAGUAGGAUAGGAUCUCUUUCUUUUUCGAUAUAGAUUGGAAAGGUUUAUUCUCUUUUUUUAAGAUACGGUUCAUGAUUAAAAUAAGUAAAAUUAAAGGUGGGAUUAAAUUAAUUGAAUAGAAUAGUUAGUUUGAUAAUCAAUUAUACAAAAAUGAUAUUAUAAAUAUAAGAAAUUUAUCCAUCAAAAUUUUAAGACUUAAUAGAGCUUGAAGUAACAGUUACAUGAAACUCAAAAAAUUGAAUGCCCUAUCAAUUGGGUUAGGGCUUGACUAUGGAACUAGUCUUUAUGAUUCUAGAGGCAUUGUAGCACAUGAAUCUAUUUUUUAUGUUUGCAUGUU